GGUAUCCCCGCCCACCUGCCUCUACAUCACCACCCCUCUCGCCGCUUUCAAGCGCGGAGAUUGGCUGUAAGCAAGAAAGAGCCCCGCCCCUAGUCUUAUGACUCCCGCUGAAGCGCCGAUUACUGGUUUUUGCAACGCUGUGGUCGGUGGUCACCCGUGCUCUUGACCCAGGUCUAGCGAGCCUUUUCCCUGGUGUUGCAGCCCUUGUUGUACCUCCGCCGCCGCUUGCUCUGCGGAAUCAUGUUGUGCUUCCGCCUCUUCCCGGUUCCUGGCUCAGGGCUUGUUCUGGUCUGCCUAGUCCUGGGAGCCUUGCGGUCUUACGCAUUGGAACUUACUCUGCAAGAUUCAGGAAAAGCCACUUGCCUUUAUGCAAAAUGGCAGAUGACCUUCAGAGUACGCUAUGAAACUACAAACAAAACUUAUAAAACCCAAACCAUUUCAGACCUUGGUGCUGUGACAUAUAAUGGAAAUUGUGGAGACGAUCAGAGUGGUCCCAGAAUAGCUGUGCAGUUUAGAUCUGGCUUUUCCUGGAUUGCGAAUUUUACCAAGGCGGCAUCUACUUAUUCAAUUGACAGCAUCUCAUUUUCCUACAACACUAGUGAUAACACAACAUUUCCUGAUGCUAAAGAUAAAGGAAUGCAUACUGUUUAUCAACCUCUGGCCAUCAACAUUCCAUUGAAUGAGCUUUUUAGAUGCAAUAGUUUAUCAACUUUGGAAGAUAAUGAUGUUGUCCAGCACUAUUGGGAUGUUCAUGUACAAGCUUUUGUCCAAAACGGCACAGUGAGCAAAAUGGUGAGUACUUGAAAGUUCCUGUGUGAUAAAGACAAAACUUCGACAGUGGUACCCACCGUACACACCACUGUGCCAUCUCCUACUACAACACCUACUCAGGAAAACCCGGAGGCUGGAACCUAUUCAGUUAAUAAUGGCAAUGGUACCUGUCUGCUGGCUACCAUGGGGCUGCAGCUGAACAUCACUCAGGAUAAGGUUGCUUCAGUUAUUAACAUCAACCCCAAUACUACUCACUCCACCGGCAGCUGCCAGUCUCACACUGCUCUACUUAGGCUGAAUAGCAGCACUAUUAAGUAUCUUGACUUUGUCUUUGCUGUGAAAAAUGAAAACCGAUUCUAUCUGAAGGAAGUGAAUGUCAGCAUGAAUUUGGUUAAUGGCUCUGUUUUCAGCAUUGCAAAUAACAAUCUCAGCUACUGGGAUGCCCCCCUGGGAAGUUCUUAUAUGUGCAACAAAGAGCAGACUGUUUCAGUGUCUGGAGCAUUUCAGAUAAAUACCUUUGAUCUAAGGGUUCAGCCUUUCAAUGUGAUAGAAGGAAAGUAUUCUACAGCCCAAGAGUGUUCGCUGGAUGAUGACACCAUUCUAAUCCCAAUUAUAGUUGGUGCUGGUCUUUCAGGCUUGAUUAUCGUUAUAGUGAUUGCUUACCUAAUUGGCAGAAGAAAAAGUUAUGCUGGAUAUCAGACUCUGUAACACUAAUCCAUACGUGAUCUCUGUUACAAAAGAAAAAAGCAAGUACAAGUUCCAACAUGCAAUACUGGUCAAUUUAAGGUAUAUUUAGUUGCAGUCCGACUCUUAGAAUGGGUAAUAUGGGGGAUUUCAAACUUAAACAAAAAACUGUAAACUACAAAUUAGUUGCCCGAUUUUGGUUUCUCCAACCAAGGAAUUAAAAACUGUUAUUUCUACAGCAAAAGAUGUACAAAAUCACUGGAUUAUAGGUUCUAUUUUACUGUCUUGAGUUAGUAUUUCAGUGUUUUCAUUUUAGACAUUUAGACUAAAAAUAGUUUAGGAAAAACAAUUUUUGAAAGAUAUGUUUUUCCCUGCAUGUAGUCGAGUUGGAACAACAUGUUCUACAGUGGAUUUGUACUUGCUCCUUUUGCUUUUUUUUUUUGGUGAUUUUUGUUUGCAGGUUAACUUAGCUAAUUUGACAUUGCUGCAUAUUCGACCUAUGAGAGAUAUACUAGUAGAUUGGAACAGGGGCUGCUAUUAUUAUGUUCUUAGCAAUAAAUGCUUUUCUAAUGUUUUUUGAAUACAUUUGUAUUUAUGUAGCUGUAAUAACAAAAGAUACAGAAGCCUUUUAAAAUUUAGAAUAAGUAUUAAUCUUAUUGUUUAAUUCUUUUUUAAAAAAUUGGAUAUUUCAAUAUUUUAAAUUGCAAGAUAUGAGACUAUUCCAACUGGGCAUUUCAAUCCAUUUUUUUAGGUGCUUUAGAGAUAAUUGCUUGCCAGUGCCAAUUGAGGGCAUUAGUAUUUUGUGCUCAUAAAUUGGCCUCUGCAUGCAGUAUUAAAAUUAUGCAGAUUUCUCUUUAGUCUUCCAAUAUUUCUUGUUGGUAGUGAUAUAUUUUAUUCUUUUCUUUUUCUUAAGAAAUGCCAGUAAUGUUCUAGAACCUAGAUAACAAAGUGCACUUAUACUUAUAAAAUAACUUGCAUCUAGGCCAGGCACGGUGAGGCUGAGGCGGGCAAAUCACUUGAGGCCAGGAGUUUGAGACCAGCCUGGCCAACAUGGUGAAACCCCGUCUCUACUAAAAAUACAAAAAAUUAGCCGGGCGUGGUGGCGGACGCCUGUAGUCCCAGCUACUCGGGAGGCUGAGGCAGGAGAAUCGCUUGAACCUGGGAGGUGGAAGUUGCAGCGACCCGAGAUCACGCCAUUGCACUCCAGCCUGGGCAACAAGAGCGAAACUCCGUUUCCAAAAAAAAAAAAAAAAAACUAACUUCUAACUUAAAAGUCUUAGUCUUCUCUUAAUCCAUUAAAAAGUUGUUCUUAGUUUCCAGCUUGCAUUGAUUGCUACAACAUUGCUAAUUUGGCUUCACAUUUAAAUGCUUCUGUGCUAAUCAAAACUUUCAUUGUUAUUAUUCAUUAAGGUAGAAUCAGUAUUAAUUCAUGUACUUUGUGUUUAGUUUUGUGCUCUGAAAGAUGCACCAAUUGUCAAAUUACCGUGCACCACCUAAUGUUUAUAGGAGAAAGCAAAAUAUAUCAGCUUGAUAGUUAACACAUCAAAUAUUUCUUGCUGCUUCUAGAAGUUUUUUGGUGUGUGUUGCAAUGUAUGAGCAAAUAUUAAAAUUGUUAAUAUACAGCCAUAUAUGAAAGGUUCCUUUGGGGGUUUUUUGGAGGGGUGGAUUAUGUGCCUCCCAUUCACUAGAAAGGGUUCCAAAGUACUGAUAUUGAAUGGAUCAGUAUGCACAUACAGAUGUAUAUAUAUGCACACAUUUAUAGGCAGUUGCAUGCUGGCAUGUGUAUUUCUAUAACAAUAUAACUGAGUUAUAAAUAUUUUCUGUCACUUAAAUUUGCUCUUUGUUUAGGCUGAAAACCAUUAUGGCUCAAGAUCAGAUUCCUGACUAACCCCUCUCUUAGAGCUACAGCUAGCUGCAUUACCAGCUUAAAACACUUCUUAAAGAUUAAAUAUAGAUGUGAUUUUUCAAAAUUACUUUUUAUUUAAACGUGUUUUAGUGUAAAAUUGUUAAUCUUAUAAGAUGGAUAAUGCGUAUAAGAAUGUAGGCCUUAACUAUUUCACAUGAGUCAAAACAAAGCUUUAAAAAAAAAUAAUUGGAAGCACAAGUGCGUGGCACUGACUGAAUGCUGUUAAUAUUUCUAGAAGUUUCUACAUUCAGAUUAUAUGCCUGAUUCAUAGUAAAAUACCUCUAAUAAACACUGUUUUAUAGAAAACCUGACUUCAGUGAAUAUUUUUGUAUUUUACAUGGGCCAGUUUAUAUACUGCUAUUUACACUAUUAUUUUUUCCUAUAGCUACAUGUUCUUUGUACCUUUUUUAGUUUUAUUUGUUUUACUGGGUUCAUACCUUAAUGGUAACCCUCUUUGGUUUUGGGUGUUUUUCCUGUGUUAGCAUUUAUAUAAAGAAACUGGCCCAUGUAAAUACUUUCCAUGUUUUUUCCUCAAAUGUUUAAACCACUAGUUGAUGUAUGGUAUCUUUAGAUAUUUGCCUGUCUGUUUACUCAAAAUUGCUUCUAAAACAAUAAAGAUUUUUUUUAUUUCUUAA